AUAAGCUAACUGCAUUCUGGGGAAGGAAGGUUCGCAUGUCCAAACAUGAAGACCUUAAAAUAGAACUUAUUAAUGUCCAUCGAUCGGCGAUCCGAGGAAGAAAAAGUUUUAAGAAGGGAAAAUUUUAUCAAAGCGCCUCUGGUCUCGUAUCGAAAGGGGCAAACAAGGGACGAACAAGAUGGUGUUUUACUUCAAAGCCCGACCAGAGGCAGGUGAUUACACCAUCUUCAUGGGUCUCGACAAGUUCGAGAACGAGGAACUCAUCAAAUACGGCUUCGUUGAAGACAUUUGGUUUCAUGUGGAUAAAAUGUCUUCUGCUCAUGUUUAUUUAAGAUUGCACAAAGGCCAGACUAUUGAUGAUAUAAGUGCAGGUGUUUUGGAAGAUUGUGCUCAGCUUGUCAAAGCGAAUUCCAUUCAAGGCAACAAGGUGAAUAAUAUUGAUGUUGUCUACAGUUCAUGGUCCAAUUUGAAGAAAACUGCUUCCAUGGAUGUGGGUCAAGUUGGUUUCCACAAUUCAAAAAUGGUUCGCACUGUGAGGGUGGAAAAGCGGAUAAAUGAGAUAGUUAAUAGAUUGAAUAAAACAAAAGUGGAAAGGAAACCUGAUUUAAAAGCUGAGCGAGAAGCAGUAAAUGCUGCUGAAAGAGCUGAGAGGAAACUUCAACUGAGAAAUAAAAAACGGCGGGAGGAGAUGGAAAGGCUAGAAAAGGAGAGACAGGCAGAGAUCAGGAGCUACAAGGGAUUGAUGGUCUCUGAAAAGAUGACAUCUAACAAACAGAUUGCUGCAGAAAACAAGUCCUUGCAAGAACUUGAAGAGGACUUUAUGUAAGCACUCAAUUAUCCAACUGCUCCGAAAGAGCAACAAAACUUACUGUCAUAGAAAAUGGAUUUUCCCAUUCAGAAUUUGAUGCUAGGCCUUAAGUUAUCUCCCUUUGUGAAGAAAUCACCUAGGCCAUAAAUGUAUACCUCAGAGGGUGCUAGUAACAACCUGAAGAAAUGGGUCAUUGAGGGGAGAUGAACUAUACUUCAAAAAAAAAAAAGACCAUUUGUUGUACUUGGAUGAUAUGAUGAAACAUGAUUUGCAUCUUUUAUUCAUGGUUAAUGAUUGACAGCAUGUGUGUCUGUAAACUGAUCCUGCAGUAAAAUAGUUUUUACUUGAUUACUA